AUGUCAACACAAAAUCUUUCGUUUGAUCAGUCAUCAAGUUCCCAACCUCAACCUCAUUCACAACAAGGUCAACGUUUGAGAAGAUUCAACGAAGUUCUGGAGAAAACCAAAACAAAUCCAAAUGAUUUAAGUGUAGCUCACGUUCAAGUUUUAGAAUUUAUGAGAAAACACGUCAAGGAGGAAUUUUCUUUAAUCUUAGAAAAACGUAAUAUACCUGAAAAAAUGAACGAGUUUGACGCGCUUAUUGAUAAAGCAAGACAACGCCAAAAUGAAAUAGGUUAUCAAUCUUCUUUGAUAUAUCCCAUGAGCCCAAAAACGAUUUUACGAGCAAAGAUUUUGCCUUUAAAAGAUGAAGAAUUAAAACAUUUGAAAGAAGAAUUUUCAAAGAUAAACGAAGAAAACACGCGACUGAUGUCAGAAUUAAAAGUUAAAAAGGAACAUUCGAAUCGUAUGGCUUUGUCAAUUCGAGAAAUAAAAUCAGAACUCAAUAAGGCAGUAGAAGUUACGACGGAGAUACCAGUGGAUGAAAUGCAGACCAUUAUUGAAACAGUCAUUAAAUUGCCAAAUCAAUAA